AUGGGGUGCUGGUUGGCUUGCUUGCGUUUCAGAGCUAAAAAGAGGUCUUCGCCGGUCUCCUCGGCGGAGUCGACGCCUUCCAAGAACGGGGUGAGUGGAUGGCGAGGCUUCAUCGCUGGUCCUUGUCCCCCUCGUUUCUACGCAUCCUGGCUUGUAUUCUGCCUGAGUUCAUUUUUAAGAUUGGUGAAUCGAGCGGGGAGUCACGGAUUCUUUGGAGUUCUCAUUCUUUGGUUCCUCUUCCUUCCUUAUUCGGUUCAGUUGACACGUUUGGUUUUCUCAGGAUCGUUUGGUCUCCAGAAGUCAUAUCGUCUCUUUGUUUGCUCCUGAAGGUCAGAUGCAGAUGAAUUCUUUUUUAGUUUUCAGAAAAAUCUCAAUUUACUUUUACAUUUUUCAUUGGAUUUCUCGAUUUACUCAUACGAGAAAAGCUAUCUGUAUGAAGGCAUAUCUUCUCCAGACGAUGUCCGCAAGCAGCUGAGGCACGAGGUGCGUGACUUCGUCGCCUCUCCCAACCUUUGACGAUGUUUUCUUUCAAUUUCGUUCAUUAUUCCUAGUGAUUAUCGGGAAAUUGAUUGUCAACUUCAGUUCUGCAACAGUUAGCCUCAAUUUAAUUUUAUAAUAUGCGUAUUUUUAUGCUUUAUAAUAACAAAAUUUGUCACUUAUGCUUUACAACUUUAUUCUCUCUUGUCAUCUGCUCUGUGGUACCAUGGUGCCAUCUCUUUGUUGAGUUCGAAUUACAAUGUUUCCUAGAGCUCAAUUUCUUCUGUUUUCCCUCCUAUCUUAUUUUUCUAUAGCUAUAUUCUAUGAACUGUAGAGUUGAUCCUUACACUCGGAUUCUCUGACUACAUGAACUCUCUUUUUUCUUCGCAUGAGAAAACAUAUUUCAUGUAUUUAUAUGCAAAUAUUCAUCCAGAUCCCCGAAUAUUUCAUUAAAUACGGUUUUUUUAUAUGAUUCCCAUUUUCUCGUUCUUUGUAAACAAAUAGCUAGAAGGAAACGAGUUUUAUGUGAUUUUUAUUUCAUUCUCUUUAUUGUUCCCCUUGAUUUCAUUUCAAAUCAUCCAAGAAUGUAUUUUCCCCAAUUUUUUCCCCUUUUCCGAUGACCAUAGAUUUUUUACAAACAGCUGGUGAGAGUAGGGAUUGAUAUAGCUUAAAGAUAAGAGUUUAUUAAUUUACAGCAACCGAAAUCUUUUUUAUGGAUGGGUUUGAGGUCCAUGGCAUAUAUUAAAGGGUAACUUUUUUUUUCAAAAAAAUUGACAAUGUUCGGAAAGGUGGUUGUUUCUAUCACAUUGUUUCACAUCGAUUCCAGUUCAAUUUUGAAAUUCUGGUUUGGACUGGGCGCUCUCCCUUCUCACUUGUGUCGUAAUUUGAAGAAUGUGACACCGUGUGCACCCCUGGCUGAAGAAGUUGGACAAGCUUCGAUGAGCUUAUCUAUCCAGGAACUGCCCAGUUUUGACUAGUUUCAUCUGGUUCCUUCAUUUUAUUUAUUUUUUUAUAAAGUAAACAGCUUAAAAACCCAUGGAAGAACUCUUGAAAAAUGAAGUACCAUGGCCAUCUCGCGCUGUAUUUCAGGCCAAAUUCCUCAAGGCGUGUGGAGCACUUCUGGGAACACCCGCGGAGUUUAUUUGUGCAUCUAAGAAGACAAACGUUCAACCUCAUUCCCAGAAUGGUACACUAUCCAAUUCUCGCUUCUCCCUUCCUGAUUCAUCUUGUAAGGAGCUUCAGUGGGACGAACAACCAGUUCAGAUUCCUGCUCUUCCUGCAUCAGACUCUCAAGGGCACGUGUCAGAGACUAAACAUGACAUGUAAUCAUCUCUCUUUUUCUUCUUUAAUCGUUUUGAUUUGAACCAAGGACGGUGCUAAGUCAUACGCCCUUUAUGCAUCCAUUAUGCAGCGACCCGCCUCAGCUUCCACAUGCUACUAUGACAUACAACAACAAUCUACAUUCAAGUGCACCUGUCUCUGUGAGCAUUCCUGCACCAGCAAUGACCAAGUCCGUACGCUUUGAACCUGGCCCAGAUUCCGUCUCAGUGGAUACUCCUCAGAAUAGCAACCAUAUCCAUCCCUUUGCAUCUAAGUAUUCGCCUGGCCCGACUCCUUUGAAACUGACGGACGAAAUGGAAACCCCUGGCACUGUUUAUCCAGCAAAAUUAGAGAAUCAUAGAUCACAGUAUAUCUACCCAGUUUCAAACUCUAUGUUGAUUCAGACAGAGUUGAGGAGAGUCAACGAGGCCCCUCAUCUUCCUGGUCAGUACGGUGAACUUGCUGAGCAUCCGGUUCAAAACCCAGAGUCAACUGAUGGUGACCCAAAGCUGCGGAGCUCCCUUGGUUCGCCACUGCCUAACCCUGUUCCUUUGAUGUACAGUCCAGAGAGCAGUGGGGCAGCUCCAGCUGGGGAAGAAACAUUGACUAUUGGCAGUAAGUCAACGUUGGAUCAUCUGGACUAUAGGAGAUCUGGUUACAUAAAACAUGCAGAAAAGAAUUCAGGAAGCCCGGCACCCGCGUCUUCAAGUUUUUCUGACUGGUUGACUUCUGCGAAACACUCUGAAGCACAAGUAAAUGGUGAGGAAACUACUGGAGUAGACAGGUCUAUCGUUGGGAUAGUUGCUGCGCACUGGAGCAGUGAGGAAACUACUCAUACAUCCCCAAAACUGUGGGAUGGAAAGGGGAUUCCAAAUUCGACAAAAAAAUACAACGAGGUACAAAAGCAUGCCUAAAUUAGUAUAGUUGACUGGUUAAUUUAUUUAUAUCUAUAUAAAUAUAUGAUCUUCCACACCUCAACAGGAUCAAAGGGUCAGGUGGCAUGCCACCCCAUUUGAGGAGAGGCUAGAGAAAGCUUUGUCGGAAGAGAAGCUUCAUCCCCAGAGGUUGGUCUCUCAUCCUACUUAUGGCUUGCUGCCAUACCGAAAGUCGAUUCCAUUUUGUUGCCAUACAAAAGUCAACGAUCAUGAUUCAACGAUCCUGUCUUUCACAAGAAGUCAAACCCAAUCGAGUCCUUGAUGUUACAUGGGGGCAUCCUUGGAUGAAGAUACGGAUUUUGAUUAUCUUACUAUUAAAAAAUGAUAAUUAUUCAUCUCACCUAGAUUUUCAUUAGAUUAAAUGAUUAUUUUACCUUCGGAUACAUAGAAAAUCAGGCAUAAUCUUGGCAUCUCGCCUUGUUUAGAUAGAGUAAGAUGGUAAAAUAUUUCCCUAAAAAGCUAUAAGAUAUGAAAGAUCAUAGCAUUAUGAAGGCGUUGAAAUCAACCUCAUGCGAGAUAUGAUACAAGGCUCGUAGUCGUGAUCAUCUCCUUUUACUCCCUAACCCUGCUCGGUUUCAUUCACAGGAAGCUCAUAGAUGGAAGAGUCAUCGAGUUAGGGGAAGCCAGCGAGGAAAGGGAUACUGCCACGUCACCGACAGGCGACAAGACACGUGUCUUCUAG